UCACACUCUGUAUCUAUAUUUAUACCUCAGUAUUGGGUUUAACAAGAGAAAGUGUUUGUAGUGAGCAAGCAAAGAAAAGAAAAUGGAACACAAAAACUAUGAAUCAUCAUCAAUUUCUUCAACCUCUAUGAGAGAUCAGUAUCUGAAACAACUCAACAAGCUUUCACAUAACAUUUCCAAACCCAACGUUAAGAAACCCACCUUCGAUUCUCUCCCCGACUCUCAGCCACAGGUGUACAACAUCAGCAAGAACGAUUUCAGGGACAUGGUCCAAAAGCUCACUGGUUCGCCCGGUCACAGCCACCAACCCAAACCGCUUGCAACCUCUCGCCUCCACCGCCUCCGCCCGCCGCCGCUUCCGCAGGUUCUCAGCCACCGUCCGCCGCCUCACCCCGUCGCCGCCGCGCCUCCCUCACCUCUACCGCCGUUUCCCAGUGUCCACGCGGAGUCCCCUGUCUCGGCGUACAUGCAGUUUCUGCGGAACUCGAUGCCGUCGUCUUCUUCGCAGUCGGAGUUUCAGAUACCGGCUUCGCCGGUCAGUUUCGGAUACUUGAAUUCGGUUUCCUUUGUUCCCCUGUCACCGACUAUGCCGGUUUCCACCAGAGAUCCUUGAGACUUGUGUUUGUUGUGAGUUGGACCUGUUUUGAACCUCCUAAGACCUUG